AACCAACAGUAAUUUCCAUAUAUGAAACAAUCAAUUUGGCAAUCUUAUAAUGAUAUGUUGAAUAAAGAACAUAUGAGCUUUUAUAUUCUCUGGUAUGCAGACACUCAGAUUCUAUGGAAGCACUGGUGUAACAGUUACUGGCAUAACCAUACAGAACAGCCCCCAGACCCACCUCAAGUUUGAUGCGUGCAUGAAUGUUCAGGUUUCCAGCUUCACUGCUUCAUCUCCUGGUGACAGUCCCAAUACUGACGGCAUUCACCUGGAGAACUCCCAAGAUGUGGUCAUUUACAGCACAACUCUUUCAUGUGGUACUUGCAGAUCCAGAGCAGUCUAGUUUCAUUCAAAACAUUACAGAUUCAGAAAUCCAGUUCAGAAUAAAAUCCAACUAUAAUUUUUUUGCGUUGUACAGGAGAUGAUUGUGUUUCUAUACAAAGUGGAUGCACCAACAUAUACAUACACGAUGUAAACUGUGGACCUGGACAUGGAAUUAGUAUUGGAGGACUUGGAAAGGGCAACACCAAAGCCUGUGUUUCAAAUAUCACUGUUCGAGAUGUCAUGAUGCAAAAUACCUUAACUGGUGUCAGAAUAAAGACAUGGCAGGUAUGUCAUCCUCAUUAGAACCUAUGCCUUGCUAAGUGCUAACUAGGUUUGAACCAUCAGGAAAGUCCCCUUAUUUUUACUUACAGGGAGGCUCUGGCUCAGUGCAACAAGUCAUGUUCUCAAACAUUCAAGUCUCUGAAGUUGAAACUCCAAUCACGAUUGAUCAAUACUACUGUGACAAGAGCAAAUGCAACAAUCAAACUUCAGCUGUGGCUGUUUCAGACAUAAACUAUGUAAACAUACACGGGACCUAUACAGUCCAAUCUGUGCACUUUGCAUGCAGUGACAGUGUGCCGUGCACUGGUGUAUCAUUGAGCAACAUUCAGCUAAAAUCAGUUCAAGAAAACAACCAUCUGGAAGAACCUUUUUGCUGGGAGGCAUAUGGUGAGCUGAGAACCGCCACAGUCCCUCCAAUUAAAUGUUUGCAAACCGGCAAACCAUCAAAGGCUGCUACUCAAUCUAAUAUUGAUUCUUGCUGAAAUAGUACCAAUACUAAAUUAUGAAAAGCCUAGCCAAUAGUGGCAGUUUGUGUACCAGAAAGAAGAAGAAUAUAGAGGUCCAAAUAGGUACAAAGCAUCUGUAACAUGGGGAAGAAGGGGAUCUGAGAGAGCAUAUCAAGGCUAAGUGAAAGCUUUUGUGAUGUACAAAAUAAGUUCCUUCAGCAAAU